UAACGUAUCAACUUUUGUAAAAAUUAGUUUUUUUUGUGCAUGGCGGCCUUGGCACCUCGACGCCUGCGCUUCCACCUUACCUGGUACCGACCUUUACUAUCUACCGACGUUGUCUGUGUUUCAUUCUUACUUUUAUCUCAAUGACAGCAGCUACUAGCGCCUUCACCAAGCACAAGAGCAACAGUAAUCAAAAUGUAAGCUUUGGGGAGAUUAGUAUUCGGGAAUAUAUCAUGAAUUUGGGUGACAAUCCAAGCGUUUCGAUUGGUCCUCCCGUGGGCCUCAGUUGGGAGUACAAAGAAUCGGGCACUCAUACAGUGGAUGACUUUGAAAAGGAGCGUCAGGGAAAGCGAAGAAAGGUGGGCUCUCACAAGCUCAAACUGAACUACUAUCAAAGAAUGGAAAUCAUUCAAGCCACAGGAGUGGAAGAAGCCGACAUUAAGGAUGCCGAGAGACAAGUAUUCUGGGAUCAAUCCUGUCGAACCUUCUCCAAGUACCUGUGCUACCCCCACGUAUUUGCUGGGGAUGUACGUGCUCAGACUGGGAGAUGGAGAAACAAGAUGUUGCUGAAUAAGCUCCAGAAGGAAUCAAAUGCCAAUGAAAACAGCUCUUGAUAAAUUCCAUUUUUUUCAAUCAAACGCCACAGCCAGCCAGGAGAGAAGAAAUGCAAAGAACAAUAUCCGGCAUGGAUUGGUCUCCUAUCUUACGUUGGCCUUUUGUGCUGGUGUCAUGCUUUGAUAUUUCUCUAGGUUUGAAUCACUCAAUCGAAUCUGAUAAUCUGGUUUCUCAAUACUCACUCUCACUCAGAGAAAUCACAGAUUAUGCACUCC